GCCACGUGUUCAACCACGAAAAGACCGUAAAAGUCCAAGGAUCAUCCUUCAUCUCUUCUGUAGUAUAAUUAUUGCCUCAGAAUCAUGUCUGCAUCACCUGCGGCCAAGCCGCAAUGGUCAGAGCACAAGAAUUCGGAAGGAAGAACGUACUGGUCUCACUCAGUCACGAAACAAUCGGUGUGGGAGAAACCAGACGAGCUAAGAACACCAUUUGAGCGAGCCCUCGGCAAGACCCAGUGGAAACAGUAUACAUCAAAAGACAGACCAUACUAUGUCAACAGUGUGACCAAGGAGACCAAAUGGGACCUACCGCCAGAGCUGGUAGAGUUGAAGCAAAAAGUGGAAAGGGAUGAGGCGUACAAGGUUGAAAAGGCUAGACGGAAAGCUGCGGGGGAGCCAACUCCCAGUCCACCCCGAUCACGAUCUGGUUCCCCGGUGGGACAUGACGCUGUAGCUCGAUACGGGGAUCGAAGAGGAUCACCAACACCCAGUGAUGAGUCGUCUGACGAGGAAGUGAUCACCUGGCCAAUGGGCGGUUUCCUCACACAUGAAAAGGCAGAAGAGGCGUUCAUGUAUCUGCUCAAGAAGGAGGGGAUAGAUGAGAACUGGACGUGGGACCAAACGAUGAGGAAGAUCGUCCUAGACCCAUUGUACAAGGCACUCAACACACUCGCAGAGAAGAAAGAGGCGUUUGAAAAGUACACCCAUCGAAUCGUCGCAAAGCGUCAAGCAGCAAAGGAGGCGAGGAUAGAACGCCUCAGGCCUGUUCUUCACAAACUUUUUGCGGCCUCCUCGAGAAUAAAGUCGUAUUCUACAACUAAGACCGCCAAUGAGGUCUUUGCUAGGGAUAAGCAUUGGCGAGAGGCGAAACCAGACGAGAGGAUACUGAUAUUGGAGGAGUUCACAACGGCUUUGAGGCAGCGCGAAGAGGAAUCCGCUCGUGACUUGCGAAAUCGUAACAUUCAGCAUCUGGGUAGCUUGAUACGAUCACUGGACAUCAACGUGUCGACAACAUGGCGUGCAGCUCACAACAUGAUCCUGGACUCGGACGAAUUCAGGCGAUCUCGCGAUCUGCAAGAGAUGGAGACGAUUGAUAUCCUCGGAGUGUAUGACGACUACGCGAGGCAACUGGAGCAGGAUCAUGAGGAGGAAUGGAGACGUUUGCGCAUCGAGCACGUCCGGUCAGGACGCAAAGCGAGAGAGGGAUUCAAGGCACUCCUACAGGAACUUCAAACCAAGGGUCAGCUCACGAGAACGAGCAAAUGGAAGAAUACGUUCAGACUCGUUAAAAAUGACGAGCGGUAUCUUGCCCUACUUGGACCUCAGGGGUCUAGUCCCUUGGAUUUAUGGAUGGACGCGGUGGACGACAUCAGUGAAGAGGUUGAGCGGGCGGCGGAAAAGGUCGAGAAAGUGCUCGAGGAUACCAACCGAGAGGUCAAGGUGGACACAUCAUGGGAGGAGUUUGAGAAGUGGGUCAAAGAUGGCAAUGUGGCACAUGUCGAGGACAAGAUGCGCAGGGAUGUAUAUGACUUGAUGUUGGAACGUGUCUCUGCAGCUGCUGCGGACGAAGCUAGACGGGCAGAAAGAAGGCGGAGACAUAGAAUCGAUGAUCUGCGGUAUGCGUUGAAAAAGGUUCAAAGGCAUAUUGAUAUAGACAUGACCUUUGAAGAGGCGAAACCGCAUAUGGAAGAGUUGCAAGAGUACAAGGAUAUAGAGGACGAGGCAGAUCGUCGGACUGCAUUUGACAAGUUUAUUCUGCGUCAAAAGGAAAAAUUACGCGAGUCAGAGGACAAGUCGGAUCGACGCGAUCGCAUGGAAGUGGACGAGCCUAGUAGGAGCUCUCGUCGCGAUAGGUCCAGAGAGGACAGGCAUGACAGCAGGGAUAGGCGCAAGAGUGACAAGGACAGGAGGUAUGACUAUGACGAUCGCGACAGGCGGAGGGAGAGGCGCAGAGAGGAUGAGGAUAGGCCUGAUCGCAAGCAUCGAUCGGACGGUGCGGACGAUCGCGAGUCAAAGCGCGCUCGAAGGUCAUCCGAGGUUCGUCGUGACGAGGUCGAGGAAGGAGAGAUAUAGUGAUGCAUGCGGAAGCAAAUUUUUCAGA